AUGUAUUUGAAUGUUUCGAAUUCAUAUUUAGAGUAUUGUGGAUUGAACUGGAAAGACUGUGUUGGUAUUUGUACAGAUGGUGCCCCUGCAAUGACAGGAUGUCUUAAAGGCUUUGUCCCAAUCGCACAAAAACAAAAUCCAAAUAUUAUCCAUAUUCAUUGUUUCAUUCAUAGAGAAGCACUAGUUGCUAAAACUCUUGGACCUGAACUAAAAUCUGGAUUUGAUAUGGUAGUGAUAAUAGUUAAUUACAUCAAGAUGAGGCCACUUAAAUGUCGACAGUUUGCGAAACGUUGUGUGGGUAUGGAAGCAGGCCAUUCCACCUUAAUCCAGCACACAGAAAUACGAUUGUUGUCAAGGGAAAAAGUAUUGUCUCGUUUUUACGAAUUAAGAGGAGUUAUUGACCUUUUGUUUGCAAGAAAACCUGAAAGACUUUGUAGAAUGUUUGAGUGA